ACCAGUGGCCCUACGCCCAGGCCCUUUUUCCCCGCUCUGCUCUGCACGCCCCUCUCCUCCCUAGUCCCUCCCCCUACCCCCGCCCGUCAAAGCGAGAGCGCCGUAUCACCUGUCUCUCCGUCCACCGCCGUCUCGAUCCGCGCCCAAAGAUACCUUUCCCCCACCCCUUCCUCGCGCCGCCGUUUUGGUGCGACCAUGACGGCGGAGGGGGAGGCCAAGAACCCGUCGGCCGGUGGCGGAGGGGAUAACCCCCAGCACCAGCAGGCUGCGCCGGCGCCGGCGCCGGCACAGGGGGAAGUGGCGCAGGAGGCUGCAGUGCAGGGGACGGGACAAGAGCAGGAGCGGGACAAGGCGGAUCGAGAGGUGCAGGGCGGCGCGGGGGAGAAGGACGACGGCGCGUGCAGAGAUCUGGUCCUGGUCGAGGAUCCGGAGGUCCUCGCCGUCGAGGAUCCGGAGGAAGCUGCAGCAACCGCAGCACUCCAGGAAGAAAUGAAAGCGCUUGUGGCAUCGAUCCCUGAUGGUGCUGGAGCAGCAUUCACAGCCAUGCAGCUUCAGGAGCUAGAGCAGCAGUCCCGGGUGUACCAGUACAUGGCUGCCCGAGUACCUGUGCCUACUCACCUCGUCUUCCCGGUAUGGAAGAGUGUGACCGGUGCAUCCUCUGAAGGCGCCCAGAAGUACCCUACUUUGAUGGGCUUAGCAACGCUCUGCUUGGACUUUGGGAAGAACCCGGAACCAGAACCAGGGAGGUGUCGGCGAACAGAUGGUUUUCCUGGAGGACGACGAGCCCGAUUCUGCUUCAGGGUCAAAACCCGCCGCUCCUGGCAAGGCUACCGAAGGUGCCAAGAAGGCCGAUGACAAGAGCCCAAGCAGCAAGAAGCUUGCAGUGGCAGCGCCUGCCGCUGUGCAGUCUACAUAGUCAAUUGCAGCUUUAGUAGCCCGCAGAAAGAGCAUAACAGCGCUGGCAACUGGCGCCUUCUUAUUGCAUGUAAUCCCCAGAAGACUCUAGCGUGGUCGUGGUCGUAGGUAUAACCUCGUUCCCAGCGUCUGUGGGAGGAAGCCGCAACAACUUCCCCUUAGCUGUCAACUGAAAAUUUCACUCUUUAGGUGUAUAGUUUGAUUUAGCUUUGUCGCGGUAGGCGAUGCGGCAUGAUAUUAUAAAUCCUGCCUGAACUGACAAGACAAAAUCGAAUUGUGACCCAAGAAGCCGGCGGAAGAACUUGUGAAAUUGCAUUGACGUGCUUUUUGGUGUCCGCCUUUAUUGGGCUGUGCGCAAUUGUGUGAUUCAUCAGUUGUAUAACGAAGUGUAAGAUCCAUAAUUUUAUGCCUUGUGGAGGUUACCACCUGAUGUGCAGUGAUUAUGUCAUUAUGAUGAUAGUAGGGCAAAUGUAAUUGGCUGAUUGAAUGACAAAGCCUGUUUAUUGAGA